AGUCCUUUGCUUCUUUUACCACAACUUCUCAUCAUUGGAGCGGAAACAUCACAGCAGAAACUCAGUGCAGUGAUGUCAGUGUUUAAAAUAAACGUCGUCCCGUCAUUCUCAGAUAAAACGUUGAUCCUGUUUCAGACGGCUCCAUUUCUCUAGAGACGUUGCAGAGGCAGCAUGUUAUGAAAGGAACAUUAUUGGACCAAAGCAGAGCAACACAUGGUUCCAGGUUGAGGUCAGGAUGGGGAACACCUCACCCAGGGUUCUGGUCUCACUCUUGCUGAACACACUGCUCUGCUGUGGACAAACUCUCGAUCCUGUGCUGACUGUUGAGCCCAACUGGUCGACUUUUUAUGUUGGAGAGUUUGUUACAUUUAUCUGUGACAUGAAUGAAGGACAAGACACUGACUGGUACUACCAGUUCAUAAGGAAUGGUCAACAAUUUGUUGGCUAUCAGUCAGAUAAACGGUUCAGAGUUGAUCGUCUGUAUACUGGUCAUAGUGGUGAAUUUCAGUGCUGUGGUCAAUGGAAGGGUUCAUCUGACAAUAAGUGCAGUAAAACUGUCACUGUUACUUUCUCAGAUAAACCUGGAGCCAAACUGACUGCAGGUUCAACAACCAUACCAGUAGGGGGCAGUGUGACUCUGAGCUGCUCAGUGGAGCCCUCUGCUGGAUGGAAGUACAGAUGGUUCAGGAGGACCUCAGAUUCUUCUUUUGUUGAAUUCAUCAGAAAUAAUGAAGAAAACAGAGAAAUCACUGUGACACAAGGAGGAAUCUAUAAGUGUGAUGGAAAGAGAGGAAAUCCUUCAUUCUACAGUUAUUCAAGCCAUGAGAACAAAAUUGAAAUAAUGUUUUCCAACAAGGUUUUUGUGACUCGACAACCAAACUUGCCUCAUAUCUUCAGUGGUGAGUCGAUCACUCUGACAUGUGAGGUCCAGGGAGGAGAAACCACUGAGUGGUCGUGUGAAUGGAGGAGAUCUGGGUCAAUAAUACACUGGACAGACAGUAAAGACUGGACUUUCAUUGUCUCUGAGUCCAGCAGAGGAAACUACAUGUGUCAGUGUAGAAGCAGAGAUGACUGGCAUUCUUCAACACAGUGGAGUGAAACCAUCAAACUGUCUGUAUCAAGAGAUAAACCUGGAGCCAAACUGACAGCAGGUUCAACAACCAUACCAGUAGGGGGCAGUGUGACACUGAGCUGCUCAGUGGAGCCCUCUGCUGGAUGGAAGUACAGAUGGUUCAGGAGGACCUCAGACACUUCUUUUGUUGAAUUCAUCAGAAAUAAUGAAGAAAACAGAGAAAUCACUGUGACACAAGGAGGAAUCUAUAAGUGUGAUGGAAAGAGAGGAAAUCCCUCAUUCUGCAGUCAUUCAAGCCAUGAGAACAACAUUGAAAUAAUGUUUUCCAACAAGGUUUUUGUGACUCAACAACCAAACCGGCCUCAGAUGUUCAGUGGUGAGUCGAUCACUCUGACAUGUGAGGUCCAGGGAGGAGAAACCACUGAGUGGACGUAUGAAUGGAGGAAAUCUGGGUUGGCCACUCGAAGGGUAUAUGGUAAAGACUGGACUUUCAGACUCCCUGACUCCAGUAGUUUAGACUACAUGUGUCGUUGUAGGAGAAGAGAUGACUGGUAUUCGUCAACAAAGUGGAGUGAAACCAUCACACUGUUUGUAUCAGACAAACCCAGAGCCAAACUGAGAACAAGUUCAACAACCAUACCAGGAGGGGGCAGUGUGACACUGAGCUGCUCAGUGGAGCCCUCUGCUGGAUGGAAAUACAGAUGGUUAAUACGGAUCUCAGACAUUUCUUUUGUUGAACUCAGAACAAAUAAUGAAGAAAACAGAGAUAUCACUGUGACACAAGCAGGAAUCUACAGGUGUUAUGGAGUGAGAGAAAAUCCUGAAUUCUACUCUGAACCAAGUGAUGACGUCACUAUCCGGAUAAGCUUGUCCAACAAGGUUGUUGUGACUCGACAACCAAACCGGCCUCAGAUCUUCAGUGGUGAGUCGAUCACUCUGACAUGUGAGGUCCAGGGAGGAGAAACCACUGAGUGGACGUGUGACUGGAGGAAAUCUGGGUCAAUAAUACAGAGGACAGACAGUAAAGACUGGACUUUCAUUGUCUCUGAGUCCAGCAGUGGAGACUACAUGUGUCAGUGUAGAAGCAGAGAUGACUGGUAUUCUUCAACACAGUGGAGUGAAACCAUCAGACUGUCUGUAUCAGGAGAUAAACCCAGAGCCAAACUGGCAGCAGGUUCAACAACCAUACCAGUAGGGGGCAGUGUGACAUUGAGCUGCUCAGUGGAGCCCUCUGCUGGAUGGAGAUACAAAUGGUUCAGACGGACCUCAGACACUCCUGAAGUUCAAGUCAGAACAAAUAAUAAAGAGAACAGAGAAAUCACUGUGACACAAGGAGGAAUCUACAGAUGUAUGGGAAUUAGAGAAAAACAAGAUUUCUACAGUGAUUCAAGCGAUGAGGUCAAUAUCCAGAUAAUUUUUUCCAACAAGGUCUUUGUGACUCGACGACCAAACCGGCCUCUUGUCUUCAUUGGUGAGUCGAUCACUCUGACAUGUGAGGUCCAGGGAGGAGAAACCACUGAGUGGACGUGUCAACCAAAGGCCCAGUUGAAUAGUAAUAGCAGAGAGAUACCAGCAGGAGGCAGAGUGACGCUGACCUGUAUAGUGGACUCAUCGUCAUCUGGUUGGAAAUAUUUCUGGUACAAAGAGCGAGACUCCUCAGAGCCUCUGACCAGAGAAGAAGCUGUUUUCCCUUCAAAUGGGCAAAUGAGUGUCUCAGAGGAGGGACUGUAUUGGUGCAGAGGAGGACGAGGACGACCAGUUUACUACACAGACUACAGUGACAGAAUCAGCAUCACUAAGAAUGUGACUGUGUCCAGUCCCACCAGCUCUUCAUUUCCUAUGAUGUCUAUUAUUGGACCAUUUGUUGGAAUCAUUCUCAUCAUUCUCCUCCUCUUGUUGUGGCGUUACCGACUGUCAAAGGAUUUGUCCUGUCUCAGGUCAUUUCAGUCUGAAAGCAGCAGCCAGAGGCCGACCACUAAUCAUGGAGUGAACAAGACUGAAAGUGAUUACAGCUCUCUGCUGCAUGGCACCUCUUCUAUCUAUCACAUUAUCCGUCCGCGUGGAGCCGCUGGAAAUGAUGAAACUGUGACAUACACAAAGAGAAGAGAGAGACCUCAUCAUCCAGAGGAAAGUUCUGCUUAUGUCAAUGUGAGACCAGGAAAUAACAGCUCAGCCGGUGUGACAGGUAGCUGCCGCUUCCAGGUGAAAUGCAUUUCCCUCAUCAAGGAUCAGUGCUUAGAGGAGUGGAUUCCCAGAGAAAAGACGCCAGACGUCCUGAACUCACUGUUCUGCUGUGGACAAGCUCACGCAGACAGACCCACGGCCACAUUGACAGCAGGUUCAACAACCAUACCAGUAGGGGGCAGUGUGACACUGAGCUGCUCAGUGGAGCCCUCUGCUGGAUGGAAGUACAGAUGGUCCAGGCGGACAUCAGACACAAGUGAAGCUGAAAUCACAACAAAUAAUGAAGACAACAGAGAAAUCACUGUGACACAAGGAGGAAUCUACAGGUGUGCAGGAGAGAGAGAAAAUCCUGUCUUCAACAGCCUUCCAAGCCAUUACGUUACCAUUGAAACAACCUAUGCUGUGCUGACUUUUGAGCCCAACUGGUCGACUUUUUAUUCUGGAGAGUUUGUUACCUUUAGAUGUGACAUGAAUGAAGGAGAAGAUUCUGACUGGGAAUACAAGCUGAACAGGAAUAAUAAAUCAUAUCUGUCCUACAUACCACAUAAAAGCAACACGUUAUUACUUCUUAGUGGUGAAUAUCAGUGCUGUGGUUGUAGGAGGAGCUCAGAUCAAACAAAAUGCAGUAAUAUUGUCACUGUUUCAGCAGACAGACCCACGGCCACAUUGACAGCAGGUUCAACAACCAUACCAGUAGGGGGCAGUGUGACACUGAGCUGCUCAGUGGAGCCCUCUGCUGGAUGGAAGUACAGAUGGUUCAGACGGACCUUAGACACACCUGAAGCUGAAAUCACAACAAAUAAUGAAGACAACAGAGAAAUCACUGUGACACAAGGAGGAAUCUAUAAGUGUGCAGGAGAGAGAGAAAAUCCUGUCUUCAACAGCCUUCUAAGCCAUGACGUUACCAUUAAAACAACCUCAGACAGACCCACGGCCACAUUGACAGCAGGUUCAACAACCAUACCAGUAGGGGGCAGUGUGACACUGAGCUGCUCAGUGGAGCCCUCUGCCGGAUGGAAGUACAGAUGGUUCAGGAGGACCUCAGACACACCUGAAGCUGAAAUCACAACAAAUAAUGAAGACAACAGAGAAAUCACUGUGACACAAGGAGGAAUCUACAGGUGUGCAGGAGAGAGAGAAAAUCCUGUCUUCAACAGCCUUCUAAGCCAUGACGUUACCAUUAAAACAACCUCUCCCAAUAAACCCAGUUUGAUUCUGCAACCCAACUGGUCUCAGAUCUACAUAGGAGAGAAAGUCACUCUGAGAUGUGAGAUCCAGGGAGGAACUGAGUGGACGUAUGAAUGGAGACCAACCAAUAAAAACUCUCCAUCAUCCAGUGAAUACAGCAUCAACUACAUUACUGAGUCCCACAGUGGAGAUUACAGCUGCAGAGGAAACAGAAACUAUGAGCUAACAGAGUGGAGUGAUGCUGUCAGACUGACUGUGAUAUAUGAGAGAUGUUCAGGACAAAUGUUUGACCCAGUUUCAAAUCUCUCUCCAGUGUCUCCCCCUCAGCCUGUCCUCUCUGUGUCUCCAUCAUGGCCGAAUCCUGGAGCCUCAGUGACUCUGAGCUGUGAGGGUUUGGAGCUUCAAUCAGAAGGAUGGAGGUUCUUCUGGUAUAAAGCUGUUCCUGAUCCAUCCAGCAGAUACUACAGAUUUGAGCUGUUGCCUGGCAGCACCAAUGGGACUGAGCAGAACUCCUUCAUCAUUAAUGGACCGACUCACACAGGAAGAUUUGUGUGCAGAGCAGGAAGAGAAGAACCAAAGUUUUACACUGAUUACAGUGAAGUAAAGUUUGCCUGGUCUGCAGAUCCUCGUCCAGCAGCUUCUCUCUCAGUGAAUCCUGACAGAGUUCAACACUUCAGAUCUGACUCUGUGUCUCUGAGCUGUGAGGGAAACUCUACUGAGUGGAGAGUGAUGAUGUUUACAGAAAGAGACGGACUGUCAGACUUUACCUGCUCCCACUGGGGGAACAUGACUGGAUCUACAUGCACCAUUAACAUUUCCUGGAAUAAUAAUGGAGUGUUCUGGUGUGAGUCAAGAUCUGGAGAGUUUAGCAAUGCUGUCAACAUCACUGUACACGAUGAUUAUCAUGAUGUUAUUAUCCUGGUGAGCCCUGUUCAUCCUGUGACUGAGGGAGAUCCUGUUACUCUGAGCUGCAGAGACAAAAAACAAAAUCUUCUCUCUAAUGUGUUUUUCUAUCAUAAUAAUAAACUCAUCAACAAUGACAGCAGAGAGGAGCUGAAGAUCUCUGCAGUGUCAAAGUCAGAUGAAGGUUUCUACAAAUGUCAACAUUCAGGAAAAGAGUCACCAAGGAGCUGGAUGUCUGUUAGAGAUGAUGAUCAUGAUGGUGUUAUCCUGGUGAGCCCUGUUCAUCCUGUGACUGAAGGAGAUCCUGUUACUCUGAGCUGCAGAGAUAAAAAACAAAAUCUUCUCUCUAAUGUGUUUUUCUAUCAUAAUAAUAAACUCAUCAAUAAUGACAGCAGAGAGGAGCUGAAGAUCUCUGCAGUGUCAAAGUCAGAUGAAGGUUUCUACAAAUGUCAACAUUCAGGAAAAGAGUCACCAAGGAGCUGGAUGUCUGUUAGAGUAACUGUAUCCAGUCCUGUCAGUUCUUCAGUUCCUGUCAUGUUGAUCGUUGGACCAGUUGUUGGAAUCGUUCUCAUUAUUCUCAUUAUUCUCAUUAUUGUCCUUCUCUUGUUGUGGCGCCGCAGACGAUCCAAAGAUUUAAGCAGUAACAGAUUGAAUCAACCAGAGAGCAUCAAUCCAGCCUCAGCUACAAAUCAUGAAGUGACCCAGAAUGACGGUUCUGUUUACAGCUCUCUGCUUCAUGGUGACACUUCCCUCUAUGAGACAAUCCAACUGAGCAGAGCCUCAGGAAACGCAGAGAAGAUUCAUCAUCCAGCAGAAGAGUCUAUAUAUGCUAAUUGCUAAACCAGGAAAGAGGAAUGUGAUGGUUGGUUCUCCAUCAGGGCUGGUCCAAGGCAAAGGCAAGGCAAGCUGAUUGUCUGCUUAGGGCCCGGAGUUGUUAGGGGGCCCUGUAAGUGGAAGUGAUUCAUUUUUUUUAUUAAUGAUUUCGAUGUGAUUACAUUAACAAAAACACACAAUUUCCUUAUAAAGUUGUGAUUUUUUUAUACAAUUACAUAUUUGAUAACAGCAACAGCAACUUCAAUAAUAAUAAUAAUAAUAAUCUACAGUCAAAAUAAUAAUAAUAAAUUGCUCUUGGGUGCCCCCUACUGGCCACGGUGGGUCACGCUUCACCGGUAAUAUGAGCUGCCUGUAAUGUGCAGUGAACCAGUGGAAGAUAAGUUAGCAAAACAAUGGCGCAAAAAGGACUUAGCUUUCAGGGACAAAGAAAAGAAAGAGGAAGAAUAGAAAAAAGCCGAGAUAAAGGUAUGUUUUUAUGUGUCUUGGUAAUGUAAUGUUUAUCAAAAAUAUUUGUGGAGCUACUAAUGGAAAAUUCAACAGCCAAACAUUUAUACUAGCAUCUUUGUAUUUGUGUGAAACUGAGCAUCAACUUUAAAUGAGUUUAUUGUCGUUGUUGGCCUUAUAUAUUUCUGAGUCUUUUGGGGGGGGGGGGGGGGGGGGUUGUUGGCUUAUAAACAUGUGUUUAACAUUUGAUAACAAUUAUUAAAACUUCCCAAUGUUUGACUUUGUCUAGCAAAUGCUUUUACAUCAGACUACAUGGCUACUGCAUUGAUCUAUCAAUGAGCUAAUCUUAGCUGUAGUUGGUGAUAUAUUGUUUGCUGCUGCACAUGAAAUUUUAUGUGGCUAAAACAAACAUUAUUUUUACAUCAUCUUCUUAAGUUAUUUGAAACUUCUCCAGGAGCUCUAAAAAUUAUUUGAAGGCACAGAAUCAGCCCAGUACCGAUCCACAUCCACAGCCGAGAAAAACUCACCUCGUAUGAAUUUAAUAUCUAGCUAUUGGUAUUAUUAGUACUUCAUGACUAUCUGUGUAUGUAUUCCCUCUUAAAUCCAAUACAUACUACAUUUUGUUGCUUUUACUACCACUAGCAUAUAGGAUACAAUUUAAAAUGCAAAGUGAGAGAUU